AUGUCUCCCGAUGUGAGCGCCUCCUCCAUUGCCUAUAUUUGGUCUGACUCGUCCCUUACUGAUUGCCUUGCAGCUUCACGGCCCCGCAGCGCAACGAGAGGUCCCUUAGACGCCUCAGAUGACCCUCUGGCUGCCUCCGGAUUACCCACCUCGCCUAUCAAAGACGCAUCAAUUGCUACCAGCGAUAUGUUUUCAGGCGCAUCUUUCCAUGAGUUAGAUACGCUCACGCCAGAUGACCUACCUGAAAUCCUAGGGAAAGACCUCUCGUUUCUUCUCCGGCAUAACGUCUUCCAUACACUCUCUCAUCUCGAUAUCCCUCCAGCGCUGCGCACCGAAUUCCUUAUCCUCAACCCAGGGGAACCCUUGUCAACUUCUCUGGGCACUCUGGAAAGGCUUUUAGCCGAGGGCCGAUUCCUAGUCGCAGCUCAUUUUUCGGCUUCCAUUUUAACCUCAUCUUUAAUAUCCCCGACAGAUACCAAAUUGAUAUUCUCGCUGUUCUACACGCGCCUCGCUUGCUUGGAGCUGUCGGGCAACACAGUUCUGGCGGCGCAGGAAUCGAAAGCCCUGGAAGAUUUGAGCUCCGCAUUCUACUAUAUCGAUCUUAAUAUUGAGGAGUCUGCAGCGAAUGACGAUAAAGAUCCUGAACAUGAAACUGCUCACGCCCAAUAUCCUCGCCACAUUGUUCCUUGGCCGCUUCGCGUUCUGGCUGUGAGACUCCAGAGCAUCGGUUUCGGUGAUCCUCGCAGGAGUAUUGGAGGUCUGUAUGAGAUUGGGCUGGAAGCCCGCCGGGAGGUCAUGAGAAGUGGGGCUAGCGAAGCUGAGCGGGAACUAUGGAGACAGAGAUUGGCAGAUCUUGGGAUAAGGAGCGUGAAUGCGCUUGUUGAGAUGGGCGAUCUCGAUGCAGCGAGACGGGCACUCGAUGGCCUUCGGGUGGACGGGCCAGAGACGGAUAUUACAAAGUUGAGGAAAGCACUUUUGCUGCUGCGCAUUGGUGAUUUGGACGCAGCUAGCCAGGUCUUUGGUAAUGCCUCCGAGGCCAAGGAGGCGGCUUUGCUGAAGCCUCUAAUCAGCAUGUCAGAUGGCCGCUAUACCGAUGCAGUGGCUGAAUGGCGUGUCCUUGCAGAGGAUGGUACCAGGACAGAUGGGGCUCUGGUAGCCCAGAAUUUGGCUGUGUGUCUUCUGUACAUCGGACAGCUGGAUGAGGCUCGUCAAAUCCUUGAGGCCCAGGUCUCAUCCAACCAUUCCUUCGGUAGUUUGAUUUUCAAUCUGUCGACUGUCUAUGAGCUUUGUUCCGACAAUGCACCUCACAUGAAGGGGCGGCUGGCUGAGACUAUAUCGAAACAACCUGUCCUGGGGCAGACUAAUCUAGAUCGCCCAAACUCGGAUCUGAAAUUAUAA